AUCGAUGAGAUUAUUUCAUUUAAUUUAAUGCAGUAUGUCUUUGUUGUUACAAAUCGUACCACACAACUUUGAAGAGAUCUUAGCACACCCAAGUGACAAUGCAAACAGACGCGAAAGCCUUUUCCGUGACGUUGGAGCCCCCAAAAGGGGACCCCUUCAACCCUGAAAAAAAAACUUUGCUGACACCAACUUACGAAAUAAAGCAUAUCGAGAAAAUCACCCUGAUUAAAAGCUUGGAAGCGGAGUCUGAACAAUUCACUGAGAGACAUCAGCUCCCGCUAGCACCUUUCGAGUACCAGAGGAGCGGCACAGAGCCGGGUUUAGUUCUUAUUUUCAACCAGGAGGCGUUCGAUGACAAAUCGUACAGACGAGGCAGCAGGAGAGACGUCAACGAAAUUAUCAACUGUGUGAGUCGACUGGGCUUCAACAUCAACGACAAGUGUAUAUUUACAGAUUACACUAGAGACGAAAUUUUGGAAACGGUGAAAGCCAUUGUAUGCGAAGAUCUGUCCAGAUUUAAUAGCCUGAUCGUGUUUUUUCUGACCCACGGUGAUAAUUUUAACAUGUUGCACGCCCAUGACUGUUCGUUACAAACCCAUAACUUGUGGGAAGAAUUCAGCAAGUGUCCACAACUAGAAGGCAAACCUAAAAUGUUCGUCUUCCAGGCUUGCAAAGGUGACAAUUUUUCCACGGUUUCUGAAGACACGAACGACAAAAUCGACCUAGUUGAUGAUAGCACUUUCCAAUCGGACUACAUAGGGCCUGAUAUGCUCAUAGUUUAUUCCACCACCGAAGGAAACGUCUCUUUCAGAGACCCACAAAACGGCACUUGGUUUAUCCAGGAGUUGUGUAAGAAUUUUCUGGCUUAUGGUCGACGCGACGACGUGGUGUCUUUGAUCAUGAGGACGACGAAAUGUCUGUGUAGAAACUACUACCACAACGAAGGGGACAUCAUUAAGAAGCAGAUGCCAGUUUUUGUGUCCACGUUAAGGCGGAAGUUUUAUUUGAACAGAACCAAGGAGCGAAACGUAUGGUUGCAACUCUUGCAGAACCAGGACAAUCUAACCCAAAAGGUUAAAGAGUUGGAAAGGAAAGUCAACAGUCUGUUACAAGAGAAGGACAAACGGGGAAAAUAAAAGGAAAAUGCGAAUUUAUUUAUUUAUUGUUUAGUGAAAUUAAUUUUUCUGACAAAAGUCAUUGUAUUGUGUGGUAUCUGCCAUCUGUUACAUAGAUCGACCUAAUAAACUUCCAGGAAUAACA